AAGAGUGAUAGAAACAAAAGAAAUCGCAAAGAAAAUCAAGCUAUCAUUGCGACUACAGGUUCUGUACCAAUGGCUAAGCGUAGAAAAGAAUUGGAGGAGAAGAAUGGAUGUGAACCAAGUCCAAUCGAAUGUUUCAGGUCGAUGCAUAUGAAAAAGGAUGGUGUUACUUUUGCCAGUGAAAAAGCACAAAAAUUAUAUGAAAAAAUGGAUGCAAGGAAAUCAGAGGUUGCAUCUCAAGGUGAGAUUGUUAAUGAUAGUCAAAUAUUCUUUGAAGUGACUGGACCUCCUACUCGUGGUCGUGUGCUUGGCAUGGGUGCUGGUGUCAAGCCUAGAGAUGUGUAUGGCCCAAGUUCAUCUAGCCAGUGUAGUAAGCGAUGUCAAGUGGAUCGCUUAAAAGAAAAGGAGGAUUUUGAGCUUCGUUUUAAAGAAUCAGAGGAUAAAAAUUCUGCUGAGAAAAUGAAAUUGCAAGGAGAAAUCAAUCAAUUGAAAGAGGAAAUGCCUAGUAUGAUAAGGUUUGCUUUGGAAAAGAUGGGCUUUAAUUCUAUGCAAGAACCUACUACACAGACCAAUGCUGGAGAAGGAAAUCAAAAUGUGGACGAAAAUACAGAAGAUGACUCUGAGGAGGAAGAUGACUCUGAGGAAGAAGAUGACUCCGAUGGCUCUCAGAAGGAGAAUACUGACUCAGAUGAUGAUUGAUCUUCCAAUAUUUAUGUUUUCAAGUUUGGUGAAGGAUAUUAUAGCUUUCAUUUAGACGUUUUAAUUAAAAAUUUUUAUUCUAUUUUAUAGAUGUUUUAAUAUUUUUUUCUAUUGCAUUAUGUACUUUCUAGAUUUGGACAAUUAUGAAUUUGUGCUUGUUAUUUGAAUAGAAAAACUUUUGGGAGAUUUAUGUUUCCUCGCAAUUAAAAUAUUAGAAAUGAUCUCUCUUUUAUUAUUGACA